CAAAAUCAUCUGUUUUUCAGAGCAAGUGAGUCAUUCCCCAAUUCUCUACAUUGAUUAUCACAAAUAAUUAAAGUCAUUGAUUACAUUUUGUGCAAGUUUUUAACAAAAUGUCUUUGUUUCGAACUGGCAAAAACAUCGAUGUUUUACUUGAUAAAGCAACCAGUCAUUUAUUAAUGGAACCCGAUUGGGUAUCUACGUUGCAAAUAUGUGAUUUAAUUAGACAAAAUGAUGUUCAACCUAAACAAGUCCUGACCUCAUUGAAAAAGAAACUAACUUCUCAAAAUCCUCACUCAGCUUUAUAUGCCCUGUUAGUUUUGGAAAGUUUGGUCAAAAAUUGUGGUACUGUAGUUCACGAAGAAUUAACACAGAAGACAUAUUGUGACUUUUUACAUGAGCUGGGGAAAACUACACCCCAUGAAAAGGUCCGUAGUAAGCUAUUGGAAUUGAUCCAGACUUGGAAUUUUGCUUUUAGAAAAAAUCCCAAACAUGGAGCUCUCAAGAACAUUAUGACCUUGAUGAAGGCGGAGGGUUACAAGUUUCCGACAUUGCGGGAAUCAGAUGCGAUGUUUUCGGCCGAUACUGCUCCAGAAUGGGCCGACGGGGAUGUUUGUCACAGGUGCAGAGUUCCGUUCAGCAUGAUCCAAAGGAAGCACCAUUGCAGAGCGUGCGGGCAAGUGUUUUGUGGACAGUGUACAUCGAAAACGUCAACUUUGCCGAAGUACGGAAUUGAAAAAGAGGUAAGAGUUUGUGAUUCGUGUUACGAUGAAGCAACUAAACCAUCUGCAGCUUCAAAAGCGGCUUUAUCCAAGGCAGAAUCAGAGCUUCCAGAGGAAUAUUUGAAGAGUUCAUUAGCCCAGCAAAAACAGGAUCCUCCUAAAAAGAGCGAGGAGGAGUUACGAGAAGAAGAAGAAUUCCAGUUAGCUUUGGCCUUAAGCCAAUCAGAAGCCGAAGCAAAAGAAAAGGAAAAAUUUAAGAUUACAUCAAAUAUUUAUAACGUUAAAGUGGAACCGACUCCAGUGGUAGAACGACCACAGACUCCGCCACAGCAGGAAGAAACAAAUCCAGAGCUAGCCAGAUACCUGAACCGAUCUUAUUGGGAAUCUCUACAAACAAACGACCAAAACGAACAUGGCCGUCCAGCAAGUCCAUCGGCGCCUGCUACGGCACCCACCCAAAAUAUCGACAUAAUUAAAUAUAAAUCAAAGGAAAAACGGUUUAGCUGAUAACGACCUAGAGGAAUUCAUGAGAACUCUAAAGAGCCAAGUCGAAAUAUUUAUAAAUAGGAUGAAAAGUAAUUCUAGUAGAGGAAGAUCAAUUACUAAUGACACUGGAGUCCAGACGCUUUUUAUGAACAUCACCGCUAUGCAUUCGAAACUUUUACAUUACAUUCAGGAGCACGACGAUAGUCGAAUUCACUAUGAACGUCUCCAAGACAAACUAACACAAGUGAAGGAUGCUCGCGCUGCAUUGGAUGCUCUUCGUGAAGAGCAUCAUGAAAAACUAAGAAGGGAGGCUGAAGAACAAGAGAGAAUGCGCCAGAUGCAAAUGGCUCUUAAACUAGAAGUUAUGAGAAAGAAGAAAGAGGAAUAUCUUCAAUAUCAAAGGGAGCUGGCUUUACAACGUGUUCAAGAACAGGAGAGAGAAAUGCAAAUGAGACAAGAACAACAAAAACAACAGUACAUGAUUCCACCAUUUGGAUAUAUGGGAUCUCCUGUACAUGGACAGCCAUUCCCCCCGAACACAGCUCCUCCUAUGGGUAACUAUAACACAUAUCCAUUCCCGCAGCAACAUAUGAUACCACCUCAGAGUGCUCCAGGACAGGUACCUGUUAACCAAGGACCACCUCAUGGUUCUUUGCCUCCUCAACAAGCCCACAAUCCAGCACUUGGGCCUCCGCCAGGUUUCCCCCAAGGUCCACCAUCAUCUACCACGUCCAUUCCUAAUAACCCCCAUUCCCGAUAUGGUCCACAUGGAGUCCCAUCACAACCAAUGUUAGGAACCGCAAUUCCUGCUGUUGGAAUACCUAACAUGCCACCUGGACACCAUAAUCAAGGUGGUAUGCCAAGUCAACAUCAAAGUGGUAUGCCUCCUCAACAAGGUGGAAUGCCUCACCAAACAGGAAUGCCCCCACAAGGUGGAAUGCAUCCUCAACAGGGUGGAAUUCCACAAAACCAGGGGUUGCCACAGCAAGGGCAGGUGACGCCACAAUUUCAACAACCUGGAGCUCCGCCAGCCAGUCCCCAAGUACAAUCAAAUGGCGAAGCACAAACGGCUGAGUUAAUUAGUUUUGACUAAAUAGUUUAUUAGCAUUUUUGUGAUAACUUUCUCCUAUACUCCUUAAUUACUAUUAUAACCAUGUUAUUAGUCAAACGGAAGGAUUUUUAUUAAAAUUUUUAUUUGUGUAAAAGAUAUAUAUGUAAUACUAUAAUAAAGACAUUAAUUUUA